AUGGUUCUACUUAAAGCGAUGUCGCCGCCAACGGAGUCGUUGAACGCAAGAGCACAAACGACAAAACUGACAGUGACGGCGUUGAUGGAAAUGGUAAUUGUGACGGUUAUGGAUUAUGGUGAUAGUGAUGAUGAUAUUGAUAAUGUCAAUAUUAAAAGGGAUAUUGAUGAUGACAUUGAUAAUGUCAAUAUUAAAAGGGAUAUGUGA